AUGGCGUCGCACUUGCGCAAGGUGUUUGGCUCCGGUCGCGCAAAGUCGUCGGCUUCUUCCUCCAGUCACGGUCGCCUUCGAUCCGAAGAUGAUCAGGCCAGCUGCAACAACUCGAACCCAAGCUCUCCUGCUCCUUCUCUCAGCAAGGCUUCGUCUAGAGUCUUUGGUCGAUCUGACCGUGGUACAUCUGCCAGCCCUUCCUCUCCGGCUCCCACUACUCCUUGCAAGAACACUGCCACCUCUUCACAGCCUCAGCAGCAGUCUUCCCAGCAGCAGCUUCCUCCUGCUCCUCCUGCCAAGAGCGAACAGCAGCAAAUUACCCCGAUGCCAUCUCGGCCCACUGCUGAAUCGGCUGCUCCGACCACUCCUGCCGCAGCUACUGUAAGCACUGCUGUUCAGACUCAAGCUCCCACUUCGGCUGCUCCGACUUUGGCUGCUCCUGGCGCCAGUGACAAUCAGAACACGGGCCAGGUGGCUGCCUCCAAAUCCAAGAUGGCAGAUUCUGUCAAGCCCCUCUCGAUCAACAUCCCUGCUAAGAACCAAGACGCUCCUCAGCCCGCUGCCGAACUUCCCAAGAAGCAGUCCAAGUCCGAGUUCAAGCCCACCAACGCUUCCGUCGGAUCAUUUGCCGACAGGGAUGAUCUGACCCCUGUUGGUCUCUCCAAUAAGCCGUCUUUCCACUCUCGCAACACUGCUGACCAAUUCCGCGCAGAAUAUCACCCAGACAACGCCUCCAAGUACGCCAACCCCAAACACUACUCGGCUCGUCCCGAAACCUACCACCGCAAGUCGUUUAGCGCUGCUCCUUCUCAGUCUGCUCUCUCUCAGUCUGCUCUCUCUCAGUCUGCUCCCUCUGUAGGAGAGGCCACCCCUGCUGGCUCUCGUCGUCAGUCUGGCAGCGAACACGACCUUGGCCACGGAAGAGGUCCUACGGGUAACCUCGAUUAUGUCGUCGAUGCUCAUUCCCAUGGCAACCACUGGAUCUCGGCCGAAGACAAGCGUCUCCAGGAGGAUGUCGACAAGCAGCGUCACUGGAAGCGAUGGGGUCCCUAUCUCAGUGAACGUCAGUGGGGCACCGUUCGUGAGGACUACUCUGCUAACGGUGACGCUUGGACUCACUUCCCUCAUGAGUUGGCCCGUAGCCGUACUUAUCGAUGGGGUGAGGAUGGUCUUGCCGGUCUCUCUGACAACCACGCCAGAAUGGGUUUGAGUCUUGCUCUCUGGAACGGAAAGGAUCGCAUGCUUAAGGAGCGUCUUUUCGGUCUCGCCAACAACGAGGGUAACCACGGUGAAGACGUCAAGGAGCUCUACUGGUAUCUCGACAGCACUCCUACUCACAGCUACAUGAAGAUGCUUUACAAGUACCCGCAACAGUCCUACCCGUACGAGCUCUUUGUCCGCGAGUCACGCAACCGUAGCCGUGAUGUUGCCGAGUUCGAGAUCACUGAUACCGACCUCUUUGACGAGGACAAGUACUGGGAUGUCUUUGUCGAAUACGCCAAGGACGAGGACGAGGAGAACGCCGUCUCGAUCCGCAUCAGCGCCUACAAUCGUGGUCCUGAACCUGCCGAUCUUCACAUCAUUCCUCAGCUCGUCUUUCGCAACUACUGGUUCUGGCCUAAGCAGGAGCCUUCCAAGCCCAAGAUGAAGCAGACUGGUGACUACGUUAUCCAGACUGAUCACCCUCAACUUGGCCGCUACCAUCUUUACUGCUCUACCAGUCCUGCCCCCAGUGCUCCUCCCGCAAAGCGUGGUCAGGCUCCUGAGCCGAUUUCUGACGAGGAAGUUGUUCCCGAGCUCCUCUUCACCGAGAAUGAGACCAACUUUGAGCGUCUCUACAACGGCCAAAACCGCAACAUCUACGCCAAGGAUGCCUUCCACGACCACAUUGUCCCCUGCCACAGACAGCAGAAGGAUCGUCCCAAAGCUGUCGAAAAGACGCGAAAGAUCAAAAAGACAAUUGUGCGUCAGGAGAGGCGACCCAUCCAGCGCAACGCCCAAGAUGUCGCUCCCAAGGCCAAUGGCGCCUAUCAGGAGGCCCAGCCAGAGGCCGCCGCCGAGAAGCAGUUUGGCACUGUCGGUCCCGUUGACGAGCAGGAGUACGAGAUGGUUGACGUCGAGGAGGACGUGAUUGAGGAGGAGACCUACUUUGAGGAUUGCGAUGAGUCCAAGCCUCCCCGCGACUACGUCAACCCCAACAAGGAGGGCACCAAGGCUGGUGCUCACUACCUCUUCCGUCAGGUUCCUCCCUUUGGUGGUUGUGCCGUAGUCAGGAUGAAGCUCACCCCCAAAACUCCCUCGCAGGAUCCUGCUAUCGAUGACGACGAGCAAUUCGACACCACCGUCGAGGCCCGUCGUUCCGAGGCCGACGAGUUCUACGCCAAGCUCAUCAGCGGUCCCAUGUCCGACGACAUGAAGAACGUCAUGCGUCAGGCUCUCGCCGGUAUGCUUUGGAACAAGCAGUUCUACAUGUUCGUCCAGCCAGAAUGGCUCCGUGGUGACCCUGGUCAGCCUGCACCGCCUCCCGAGCGUAAGCGCAUUCGCAACCACGACUGGCGACACUUGCACAUGGAAGACAUUCUCUCCAUGCCCGACAAGUGGGAGUAUCCCUUCAGUGCCGUCUGGGACAGUGCGUUCCACUGCAUUCCUCUUGCCAUGGUCGACCCUGCUUUUGCCAAGAAGCAGCUCGACCUCUUCACCCGUGAGUGGUACAUGAAGCCCGACGGUGCACUCCCCGCUUACGAGUGGAACUUCUCGGACGUCAACCCACCCGUUCAUGCCUGGGCCACCUUCCGUGUCUUCAAGAUCGAGCGAAAGAUGUACGGUCGCGAAGAUCUCGACUUCUUGGAGCGCGUCUUCCAGAAGCUGCUCAUCAACUUUACCUGGUGGGUGAACCGAAAGGACUCGAGCGGUUCUAACGUCUUCGAGGGUGGUUUCUUGGGUCUCGACAACAUUGGUCCCUUCAACCGAUCGGAGCCUCUCCCUACUGGUGGCACACUGCGUCAGGCCGAUGGAACCGCUUGGAUGGCUUUCUACGCGCUCAACAUGCUCAACAUGGCACUUGAGCUCGCCAAGCACAACCCCACCUAUGAGGAUAUCGCUUCCAAGUUCUUUGAGCACUUUAUCUUCAUCUCGGAUGCCAUGUCGUUCCAUGACACCUUUGACGAGGAAAGCACCAGUCUUUGGUCAGAUAAGGACGGCUUCUACUACGACGCCAUCCAGUGGGGUCCUGGUAACAGCCAGGUGAUUCCCGUCAAGAGUCUGGUCGGUCUCAUCCCGCUCUACGCUACCUUGACCAUCGAGCCCUCAGCGCUCAAGAGAUUCCCCAGCUUCGCCAAGCGCAUGCAGUGGUUCUUGGAUAAUCGUCCCGAGAUGGCUGAUCGUAACAUUGCCAACAUGAAGGUUGGUGGUCGUGGCGAUCGUCGUCUGCUCUCGAUGGUCAGUCGUGAGCGAUUGGAGCUUAUUCUUAAGCGUAUGCUUGACGAGAACGAGUUCCUCUCGCCUCACGGUGUCCGUUCGCUUAGCAAGGAUCACCAGAAGAACCCCUUCCACGUCAAUGUCGGAGGAGAAGACUUUGGUGUCGGCUACUGGCCAGGUGAUUCUCACAGUCCCAUGUUCGGUGGUAACUCGAACUGGCGUGGUCCUAUUUGGAUCUGUGUCAACUUUUUGCUCAUCGAGUCGCUUCAGAGAUUCUACCAAUACUACGGAGACAGCUUCAAGGUCGAAUGUCCUACUGGCAGUGGUGACUACAUGCAUCUUGGUCACGUUGCUGAGGAGCUCUCGCAUCGUCUUCUUGGUAUCUUCCUGCGCGACGAUCAGGGUAGGAGAGCCAACAACGGUGGUAUUCCCAUGCUCGACUAUGCUCCUGAGUUUAGAGACCUUGUUCACUUUUACGAGUUCUUCCACGGUGACACUGGUAAAGGUCUUGGUGCAUCGCAUCAGUGUGGUUGGACUGGUCUUAUCGCUUACACGAUUUACUCGACCGGUGCAAGCUACGCUUUGGCCCAGACACCCAGGACGCCCAAGUCGACUGCUGCCCACUACUUUGAUGAACAUCUUACUGAGGAUGGAAGAUCCGAGGCAGGAAGCGCGCCAUACUCCAACGCUUACUCGCGACCUCCCUCGCCUGAUGAGCUUUAG